AUGUUCAGACAGACAUUGAGACAGUCCAGCAAGGCCACCAGAGCCGUCAGAAACGCCUCUCACAAGGCGGAGCUCCCACCAUGGGCUCUUGAGCCAGCGUUCCCAAAGGGAGACCCAGCAGCUGCUAAGGCCUUCAAGGACUCGCUUGCUGCCACUGAGCACCACGCCAAGUCCACCAGUGGGUUGUGGAAGAAGAUCUCGUGGUUAGUUGCUGCGCCAGCUGUGAUUGCCACAGCCAUCAACACCUACUUUGUCGAGGCUGAGCACGCUAAGCACAGAGAGCACUUGUCCCACGUUCCAGACGAGGAAUGGCCAAAGCAGUACGAGUACAUGAACAUCAGAUCCAAGCCAUUCUUCUGGGGUGACGGUGACAAGACCUUGUGGUGGAACCCGGUCAUCAACAGACACAUCAAGGAUUAA